AUGGCCUCCUCUUCACAUCCCCUCCUACCACCACUCUCGGGAAAAGCAUAUUUCAUAAAUGCUCCUCAUGAGACACACAACUUCCACCCUCACCCUUCACUCCAACUCGCAACUAGAGUAACCCUACAAUCAGCAGGUGUAGGUUUGCUGGUUAGUGCAGUACAAAACGCCUUAGAUAAACAUAAUGCAGGUGCUAUGGGUAUCGUGACUCGAACAGGAGGAACCAUUGGAUUCUUUGCUGCUAUGGGUUUCUCAUUCUCUUUCGUUCAAGCAGUAACUGCCAAUAUCCGAGAGACCGACGAUGCAUUGAACGGAGCAGCAGGUGGAUGUGCAGCGGGAUUUCUAGCUGGAGUAAGAGCUAAAUCAUUACCAAUGGCUUUCGGUGCUUGCGCGGGUAUGGGUACUUUGAUCGGUACAUUCAACGCUGCAGGAAAUGCUUUAACUGGUACCAACAGGAAAUUACUUCCAAGACCAGAAAGAGAAGAGUUACGUCAGGCAUUUUUCAAACAACCUAAACAUGCUGAAGAGGUAUCAUAA